UUCUCAUAAUACAUAGAAACUGACGUGACGUUUAUGUUUUUCAGAAACUACUGAGAAGGCCUGACACCGAUUUGAGAUUAAAAAUCAUGUUAAGGAGAGGAUAGUCACCCUUCGACACACGUUAUGGGCAUCCAAGGGAGGUCAAAUCGAUGGAUCGCUAGAUUAAACGCUGCGUCUUUUUGCAGCUCUGCUUUAUAACGUUGUGGCUCUGAUAAACGCAUCAGCAGAAUCAUGCCAGGCAAACUUAAGGCCAAGAUUGUGGCGGGGCGCCACCUGCCCGUUAUGGACCGAGCGAGUGAUCUCACUGAUGCUUUUGUGGAGGUCAAAUUUGGAAACACAACUUUUAAAACAGACGUCUAUCCCAAGUCCCUUAAUCCUCAGUGGAAUUCUGAGUGGUUUAAAUUUGAGGUGGAUGAUGAGGACUUGCAGGAUGAGCCAUUGCAGAUCACGGUGUUGGAUCACGACACCUACAGUGCCAACGAUGCCAUCGGCAAAGUCUACAUCGACAUCGACCCUCUGCUCUGCAGCGAGGCUGCCACAGUUAUAUCUGGAUGGUUUCCUAUUUAUGACACUAUACACGGUAUCCGUGGUGAGAUUAACGUCCUUGUGAAGGUGGAUCUCUUUAAUGAUCUCAACCGCUUCAGACAGUCUUCGUGUGGCGUCAAGUUUUUCUGCACUACGUCUAUCCCGCGGUGCUAUCGGGCUAUGAUGGUCCAUGGCUUUGUGGAAGAGCUUGUGGUGAAUGAAGAUCCAGAGUACCAGUGGAUCGACCGCAUCCGAACACCACGAGCAUCCAACGAAGCCCGCCAAAGACUCAUCUCACUCAUGUCAGGUGAGCUCCAACGUAAGAUUGGGCUCAAGGUUCUGGAGAUGGGGGGGAAUGCGGUGGUGGGCUAUCUGCAGUGUUUCGACCUGGAGGGUGAGAGCGGCCUGGUUGUCCGGGCUAUCGGCACCGCCUGCACCCUUGAGAAGCUCAUUAACCCCCCCAGCAAUGCCCAGCACACCGCCAACUCCUCACCGUCCAAAGACAUCAAGGAGCCUGUGUUUGGGGAAGAGUGCCCCUCUAACCCCCUCUCCUCCGGACCCUCCACCCCCCUGAGGGCCCCGGCCUUCUCCUUCUCCCCCUCCAAGUCCUACAGCCGCCAGUCCUCCUCCUCCGACACCGACAUCAGCCUCACACCCAAGACUGGAAUGGGCAGUGGGGGAAGUGGAGGAAAGGAGGCUGGGCCUCUCAAGACCCUGCUGAGGCAACAGACCCAAACAGCUCUGGAGCAGAGGGAGUUCCCUUUUUUCACCCUCACGUCUUUCCCUCCUGGCUUCUUGUUGCACGUUGGUGGUGUGGUCAGUGCCCGCUCUGUCAAGCUGCUUGACCGGAUACACAACCCUGAUGAACCAGAGACACGUGAUGCAUGGUGGGAGGAACUUCGCCAGGAGAUCAAGUCUCACGCCAAAGCCCUUGGAUGCCACGCGGUAGUGGGGUACAGCGAGUCCACAAGCAUCUGCGAGGAGGUGUGUAUUUUGUCGGCGGCGGGUACGGCUGCAGUGCUGAACUGCCGGUUCCUACAGGAUGGUUGUCUGGACCCACUCAACGAACACAGGUUGUCACGGCAACUGCCCCUCUUUCCCUCCGGGUCAGACAAGGUCGAGUUUGAUUUGGGUAGUUCAGCCUCACUAGGGUGCGAGGAUUUGGCGCCCCCUGGCUGCGGCUUCUGUCACAUUCCCUACGAUGAGCUCAACAUGCCGUUUCCCGCCCAGCUGUCCUACUGCUACUGCUGCCGCAGGGCCAAGGUGCCGGACGUGCUCUUCACCACCAUAGACCUACCCACGGAGGCCAGCAUCACCGGCAAGGGCUGCCUCAUACAAGCCAGGUUGUGCCGUCUGAAGAAGAAGGGUCAGGGCGAGGGCAAUGCCACCUGCAUCAGCAGCCUGCUGCCCUUCAUGGAGUACGAGCUGCACACACAGCUGCUCAACAAGCUCAAGCUGCGCGCCAUGAACGCCCUCUUCGGCCUGCGCAUCCAGAUCAGCGUCGGAGAGAACAUGCUCGUUGGACUGGCGUCGGCGACGGGUGUGUAUUUGUCGGCGCUGCCGUGUCCAGGAGGGAUCCAGAUAGCAGGGAAGGCCCCAGGAGACCUGAGCUACGAGCAGCACGUCUCCAACAUGCAGCGCAAGAUCAAUGACACCAUCAACAAAAACCGAGAGCUCUACCACAUCAACCCCCCGGAGGUUGUUGAGGAGGUGAUUGGUUCCCCCAUCCCCGAGCCUCGCCAGAGGUCCCGCCUCUUCCGCUCGCAUUCCGAGAGCUCAGAUGAGCUGUCCGAGAUCGACCUGUCCCACGGCAAGAAGGAUGCCUUCGUCCUUGAGAUUGAUGACACAGAUGCUGUCGAAGACAUUCACUCCCUCCUGACUGAUGCCCAUACUCCUCCAGGAUUCUUCAGUUGUAACACAGAGAUCAUGCCUGGGAUAUACAACUGGACAUCAGGACUCCAGAUGUUUUCCUCCGUGAGGGUGUUUCGCCUGAGCAAUGUCAAUCUGACCAAUCAGGGACUCAACAAAAUCUUCAGUGAGUUAUGCGAGAACUUACUCAAGAGUCUCUACUUCAAGCUGCGCUCUAUGGUCCCCUGCUGUCUGUGCCAUCUCAACUUCACUGUUGCCGUACCGGAAGAUGAACUUAUUCAGGUUGCUGUGACUGCUGUAGCAAUGAGCUUUCACAAAGAUCAGAUUCAGGACAGCAACAAGUCCGGGGAAGACCGCGCUCCGAUGAAAGUCAUUACUGAAAAUGAGGAGCAGCUUCAGUUUCCUCUGGAGCUCAGUGCAGAGAUGCCCCUCAGCUCCGCCAAGAACUCAGGGCCCUUAGACGGCUCCACUGGUGGCCUGGCCAGAGCUCCCUCAGUUGAUUACAGUUCCUUUGCAGACAGAUGCAGCUCGUGGAUAGAGCAGCUUAGACUGAAAGCUCACACCAUAAGACGCGGAUCAAUAAAGACAACCUCGUCGGCGGAGAGGGCAAGUCCGAUGGCCGAUGGCCGCUCGCGCUCACUGCGCUCCACCCGCUCCUUUCCUGGAAGCACCGUUGCCGUGGUGAAAAUGACUCCACUGUCCUUCAUCCCCGGAGCCAAGAUUGUCAAGUACCUGGGCAUCAUCAACAUGUUUUUCAUCAGGGAGACCACCUCCCUUAGAGAGGAGGGCGGCGUGAGUGGGUUCCUGCACUCGUUCAUAGCGGAGGUGUUCGCCAUGGUCCGAGCUCAUGUGGCGGCACUGGGGGGGAACGCUGUGGUGUCCUACAGCAUGAAGGAGUGUGUGUUCAUGGAGAACCCAAACAAGAACCAGGCACAGUGUCUGAUCAACGUCAGUGGUGAUGCGGUCAUCUUCACCCGAGAAACAGAACUGGAGGCAUCUUCUACACAACCACAGACUGCUAAUACACAAUCCAAUGAAGACACACCCGCAUAAACUCUCACACACACACACACACACACACACACACACACACACUCGCUCUGGAUUCCUUUGUUUCUGCAUGCUGAGGACCUGCUUGUGUUUUUUUUCUCAAAAUCUACAUUCCACUGGAAGAGGCAGCUAGGGUGUCGGAAGGUGUGUGAGUGAGUGAGUGAGUGAGUGUGUGUGUGUGUGUGUGGGGGGGGGGAUGAAUGUACAGACGUGUAUGUCUGCAACAGGAUAUGCUUUGGCCAAAGUAAGUGUGUCUAGCCUUUGUUGUUCGAAUUCAAUUAUGAUUUGUGUAGCUAGCGUGUUGCUCACAGACAAUCAAGACGAAGCUCUAGCAUCUGAAUAUAUUCAUCAAGGUUCCUUCCAGUGGCCAAACUGCGCUUAUAAAGGAGUCAUGAAGUCUGAGUUUCCCUGCAGUGACCGCCUCCCAAAGAGCCACACACUCCGGGUCACUCAUGUCCAGCCACAUUACCACGCCGAGCCUCUUUGCUCACAGCGCCAGGGUAGAGAGAGAUUGUGUGUGUGUCGGUGUCUGUCUUUGUGUGUGUGUGUGUGUGUGUGCGUGCGGGUUUGUGUGUGCCAGGGGUGACCACGCCGUCAAAGUUGAGGACCGUCUUUUAAGAAAGUCCAGAACCCUACGAGAACUGUCUUGGAGCAGUCCAGAACCCUACUGUGAAGGGAGAGGACCGGCUCUGCAGAAUGGACAUGCCUGUUGUCAGGAAGAAAAUCCACCCUGUGAGGCUUUAGAAUCUUGUGGAAUCUCGUGCAGAGGGGGGAUGGAUGGAUGGAUGGAUGGAUGGAUGGAUGAAGAGCCCUCCUGCACAAUCUCAGCUGGAAGGGUUUGUCAAUCUCAGCUGUGAGGGUUUAAGUACUCUGUGUUUUUCUGAGGGGGUUGAAAGGUACUUGAUGAACUGUCUGUCUGUGUCAGUAAGUGUGUGAGUGAAUUGGUACAGUUUAGCACAGUGCCAAUAAUCCUAAUGUGGCAUUGGGGGUGGGAGGGGUCACUAUGUAGCCCACUAUACUACAUACUGUAACCCACUGACCAGUAACAACCCUGGCUUAUAUAUGUGUGUGUGCGUGCGUGCGUGCGUGUGUGUGUGUGUGUGUGUGUGUGUGCCAGUCAUCUCAAAAUUAACUACCCAUACAUUUGCAGAAGCCAUAUUGUUCACUGUCCUCUCACACCAUUUUAUUUGACCAUCCCCUUAGACUGAUAUCUCGCCUCCAUAUAACCCGAGACAUGCAUGGCACAGGCCUGCUGUACUACUGACAUCCUUUAAAUUGUGUGUAAAUGCUGGAUUUUUUUUUAUUAUUAUUAUUUCUUUUAGUCUAGGUGCCACAGAAUCAGUUUGAAACUGAAUUUAUUCACACCAAGGGGAAGGUUUUUUUUUUUUUUUAAAAGCUUCAGCUUCUAGUGUCUUUCUCUGUGCAUGUGCAUUGCUGUACAUAGAUUGUAUGUGGGGUAUGUAUGUGUGUGUUUGUGUGGAGACGUCCUGUUGAAGACUUGAAUGCUUAGAGUGACUCUGGUCAGCUCUCUCUCUCUCUCUCUCAGUCGUCCAUUUCUCUGCCUGAAGACGAAUCUUGCACAAUAAAUAACAAUAAGUAA